UAGAUCAGUGGGGUUAGCAAGCGAUAUUGCCAGACUGCCAUAGCUGCCAGAAAAACCAGAACGCAUCGUAAACAUGUUUCCGGUUUGAUUUCCAUGUAUUUACACAAAUAUAAUACUUGUACGCUGACAUGGAAGAGAAUCAAAGAUAUUCGACCAUUGUAUCAUUAGAGCCGUUUAUUCAUCAAGUAGGUGGACAUUCCUCUAUACAACAGAUUGAUCAAUACACCGUCUGCAAGCCAUUAUUUUCAAAAGAACUUCGAUUCUACCAGGAAGUUUGUUCGCUAUUCAAGGCUUUUAUUCCUGAAUUUAAAGGUGUGGUUAAUUUGAAAAAUAUUGGUGGAAAUGGGGGAAAAAGCUGGCAAAUGGUCAGCUCAGGCGACAAGAUAAAACAUCAUAGUUACAGAUAUGGUAAACAUUGUAGCUCUUGUAUGUGUCAAAAAAAAGAGGAAAAAGAAGCAACCCAAAUGUACGAAGAAGUAUUAAGCAAGGUUUCGAAUGAUGGUGGACAAGCUAGAAAAGAUCAGGCAUUGGACAGUGUUGCUGACCAUAUGAAUGAUGAUUCUUCAUUGGAGUGCAUCUUAUUGGAGAAUGUGGUCGGCUACUACAAAUUUCCUUGUAUAUUGGAUUUAAAAAUGGGCACCCAGAAACAUAGCGAUUAUGUUGUUAGCAAGGAAGAGGCUGAUCGACGGCAAGCUCGAUGGGACCAAACAACAUCGAAAAGUCUUGGAGUUAGAGUUUGUGGUAUGAAAGUUUACCUUGUUACACAAGAUAGCUUUCUUGUUAAAAGUCAUGGUCGUGAUUUAACUAUAGAAGGUUUUAAAGACGCCAUCAAAGGGUUCCUGUUUAAUGGAAAGGAAUCACGACAUGAUGUCAUCGCUGCCUUUUUAACACAAUUGGGAAAACUUUUAAAUAUCAUGGAGCGCCAAUCUUCAUAUCGCUUUUAUAAUACGUCACUGCUGCUUAUUUAUGAAGGUGAUGUCUCCAGGUCCGUGUAUAAUACUUCCACAAAUAACGAAGAUGAUUCUGAAAGGUAUUCGAUAGGGCAAACCAAUUCAUUGGCAUUGCAAACAAAUGUUGCAGUGAGGAUGAUCGAUUUUGCUCACGUACAGCAUAACAAUCAAAAUAUGUCAUCGGAAAUCACACAUGGUCUUGAUGAAAGUUACCUGUUCGGGCUUAGGUCAGUUAUAAAAAUUUUAAACGAAACACUAGAAGAAUUAAAAAGUAAUAAUCGCUCUUUAUAGGGAUUUCAGUCAGUCCCAUGUAAAGAAUACAAUAUAGAUAGCUUGGUAUAUUUAUAUAUAGUAAUUUUAGGAUAAUUCUAAGAGGUUUUUUGAAUAUGUGAUGGGGGGACCCACUGUUCGUCCAAUUCAAUCUUACUGACCUCAAAAUUUGAUUCACCGGAUUAAAAAAAUAAUACAAAAGGUUGCGGUCAAAUGUUCUUCGGCCUGAUGACGUGAUUUGUUGUCGGUCAAACGGUCAAGUGUCUAUCGGGCAUUCAGUUGUCUGCCAAACGGCCGCUCACCUGAUCCAAGAAAUGCAGACUUCCAGUUAAGAUUAAAAAGGUCUUCGCCAAGGAAUUGUUAUAUAUACGGCGGUCUUUUCUUCAUCUUUUACUAGAGGUCAGAAUUUCUUGAUGCCUUUAUUUGUUUUAUGGGUAUAUUUCGAUGAAAGAAUAGAUAUGAUUGGAUGCCUCUCUACUCCGCGUGCGCAGAGGUUAUUUUGAAAUUUAUUUAAUAUCUUGAAGUCUUAUAUAAAGUUGAACGUGAGGGGUGCUGUACCAAAAACAAGAUUAUAAAUAAAUAUUAAAAUAACCUCUGCGGAGGAGAGAGAUUGGAUGCAAUGUUUCAGAAUAACUGCACGCAUGCAAAUGCAAAAUUUUCGCAAAAUCGUCGUAACUUUUUAUUAGUUUAAUUUAGCUCAGUAUACCGUGGUGUAUAUACAAUCAUUUGCUACCGCCAGUUGAUUUGUGCCAUGACAUCGUCUAAGUAGCAUAAGCAGAUUACGUAGGUCCAUGGUCUAUGAGUCCAUGGUUGUUUUUCCUCUCCCCAACAACCCCCAACUUAGUAUUUUACAUGCCUUGUGACUAUACAGGGUGGACGUUGUGUCAAAUUAGCUAAAUUUGAACCAGUUUAGGAUUCUCUUAGCCAUUAGAAUCCACAUACUAUAUGCAUUAGCCACACGCGUUCUCAUCCUUCACCGUGGAUAAUUUAGAAUUUUAUUUAGACAAAUCCUACACAUACAAAAGUCAUGCAUAUAUAUGAAUGAAAAUGUUUUCAAUAUCUCAAACAACAUUUACAGUUAUCCUAGUAGGAAUUUAACAGAGAAGUUAAGUUGUGCAUGUGGAAUGAACUGUUCGGGCUGCAUGAUUACGGCUCGUGUACAGAUGGCAGGCUCCAACAUCUGCACUGUCACGUUUCUGUUCUAUAGUCAUGCAGCGACUGCAGCUUAAGUGUGGUUUUUGGGGUUCAUAUACGCUGAACGUCACGGUCGGUAACCGUCGGGAGGUAUCGACAAGUCCUAAGUCUAAAAUCUAAAUUCAGCAACAGCCCUUCACCGCGAAUCUGCAUGCGCUCAUAGUUUCAGGUAUAUUUUUUGGAACGACAGCUAGAAUUGAAUUAAUCCAUGCAAAUAUAGUUAUAAGUUACUUGUUCAUAUUUCAUGAAAUUAAGCUUUAAUUCAUUCUGAGAUAACCUAAAUUUUUUUGAGAUGAUGAUAGUUCUUCCAUUUGUUCGUAUAAUAUAAUUAUUGGGCUAACAUAUCAUAGCGUCAAAUAACACAUGCAGAUGCAUAUUAUAGUUUAGUUGUUCAUCGCUUUGAAAUGGUGCAAAUUUAUUUAUGUCGAUGGUGCGUGUAUCUAUUUAAAUUUAAUUCCAAGCAAUCCACAAUGUCAAUGAUUCAAAGCAAGAUAGGCGAAUUCGUUCAAAAUAAUAAAAGUUGUAAAUAUUUUUAUAAUAAAUUCAAUUGUAAAAUUUAGUAUUUUUAGAAUUAGAACUUGGUACGUAUACUAUAAUUACUGA